UCGGAGCGUGAUGCAGACUACUACAAUUCGCUGGCGGGGGAACUCGAAUCACAAGCUGCCGGUGAUGCCUUUAUGCAGGCUGCAAGUAUGGAGGAACAAGCGGGCGAUACUGAUAAUGCCUAUUAUACCUAUACUAGCGCCGUUCGCUGUUUACUCCACGUCGAUCCGCUGGGGGCCGCUGAAGUGCUGAAGAAGGCGGUUUUACUAAAUGAUGAGGAAGACACUCAUACGCAGUUGGCACAAAUAUACAAACACCACUUAAAUGACUUGGAUAAGGCCUCAAAACACUACGAACUUGCCGCUGUAUACCAAGAAGGAAGAGGUGAAAGUCAUUGGAGUGAGAAGGCUCUGAAUAAGGCUGCCCGCUGUGCCGCAACUGGUGGAAACUUCCAGAGGGCUGCAGAAAUGUUCGAAAAGAUUCUUAAAAGCAACCUAAAGACAAUGGAGUACUAUAACAUGAGAUAUUAUACGACUGCAAUCGUUCUCUGCAACCUUUGUCAUGACCUUUCUAUUGGAAAACAGUAUUUGCUGGCGUAUGCUAAUGAAUACCCCGUUUUCGGUUUUACCGAAAACUGCAAUCUUAUGAAGCAAAAUCAGAAUGUUAUCCCCAAGGAAAAUGGCCGCCGAGACUUUUGUAACGCGAAGAAUGGGAUAGUCGAGGAGUUUCCCAUCUGCAAGACAGAUCACGGAAGACUUCGUUUUCUGUGGAAGUUCCAUUCUAAAGCUCUCUCCAACAGUCGCAUGAAACUUGUAGAUGCCCUGGAAAAGAAGGACGUUUCCGCCUUCGAUUCAGCCCUCACCAAACACAAAUCAUUCAACUUUGUGGACACGUGGACGGGUGGCCUAUUGCAGAAGCUUCGUGCCGUGCUGACGACUGAUUAA